AUGGCGAACAGACGGAACAUAUUACAACACGUCGUUUUUAUUGUUUGGACUCUUUGCUGCGUGACCAACUCUGGAGCCCAGGAAAGCAGUGGCGAUUCAAAAUACUGGGUAUCGGUGCAAGAUUUAUCAUCGACGCAAAGUUUAUCGACGACGCAAGGUUUAUCGACGACGAACGGUUUAUCGACGACGAACGGUUUAUCGACGACAGAAAAUGUUUCAACGUUGAUCGCUAAGUUGACAUCAACGCAAGUAACUGACCAAUCAACUACAUUCAUAAAUUACAACACAACAGUCACAAAGAAAUUAGAGUCAACGUCAUCAGCUAAAACUACCAGUCAGCAAACGACGAAAGAAACGGUCACACCGACAAAAUCCCCAACAAACGAAAAAAAUGUGGACGUGAAUAAGGAAAAAACAGAACUGCUCACAAGACUGAACGGUUAUAAAAUUGCGACGAUUUGUUUGGCUACAAUUCUGGGAAUUUUCUUUUUAAUACUUUUGAUCUACUUCUCGGCUAAGAGUAAAACCGGUCGUGGAGAGAUCACCCGCCCACCAAGUACCCCGCCUGAAGAUGUAGAAAACGUAUCUGAACCUGAGGAACCACAAGGUGUUAGAUUAAGUUCUUACUUUCCAUAUGUCAACAAUGACCGGGCGAAAGUCGAAUUAAAUGAAGAUGAUGACGUCGAGGGCACGAAAGUCAGUACAUUCUUGACAAAGAAAAAAUCCUUUGAUGCAGCCGGCUCUCAAGAGAAAAUACUCCACACAAGUGAGCUUUGA